GCCAGGAGCCAUGUACUCUACCCAACAAUGAGGCCCUUCACGGUAGUUCGUGGCCCCCCAAUUCCCUCUCCAGUCCGAUCCAGAUCCUAUUCCUUUUCGCCAUCCUGUUACGCCGAUGACACGAUGCGAUCCAUGGCACAUCUCGUACAUCGGCCUUCCCCCAGUGUAACCCUUGCACCAGACAGUCCAACACUUCAAAAGUCCGACUCUUCACCCCUUCCAUCCUUCCCGAUCCACCACUACCGCGAUCACCACGGACAACCCGCCGAUCGCGGAGAAGCCGUCUUUAGGCAUUCGAGGAGCCUUUCCGUUCAGGCAGCUAGUUAGCCGCCUGCAACCCACACCAAAAAGUCCGAACGGAAGUGAUGCAAGAAUCUGACCGCCAAGCAUCCGACGCCGUGAGCAGAGUGAGCAGCCUUGCGCACGGUGACAUUGAAAGCACCUCCGUAAAAUCCAUCGACGGACUCCCCGCUCUACCAGCCAAGCGAUCCUUCUGUGCCACCUCCGUCUUCUGGUAUGUCUGACAGCGCACGUGUCCGGAUACGCUACGGGAGAAUGACGGAAAAUGUUGCUGCGCUAACAAUAUCUACCGCGACGAUCUCUUGGGCUGGAAUGGUGGCUUUUAUGUGAGAAGUGUGCUAUAUCAUAUA